AUUUGACUUUUGUCGGUGUGUCGAUUUUCAUUGAUGUGUUAUCGUUAAUUUUUCAUUUAUUGGAGAAAAAUUAAAGGAAACAUUUUAAUUACAUAUAUUUAAAUAUUAAUUACGAUAUUGGAACUGUUUUGACCUCAUUUAUUUUAUUAGUUGUAAGUAGAGGAUUGAAAUGGCAGACAGUGAUGAUGAAUAUGAUAGAAAGCGAAGGGAUAAAUUUCGAGGAGAAAGGGCAGAGGCCAGCUAUAGAGGAAAUGAUCGUGUAGCUAGGCCUAGAGAUGAUUGGGCGGAAAGGGAUUCAUGGUCUCGUCCUAGACCAAGGGAAUACAGAAGUGGUGUUAGAGAUAGAGGCUAUUCACCUAGUUUAGAACCAACCCCAAAAAGAGUCCGUCAUGAUUAUUAUGGAGGAGGAGAUAACUAUUAUAAUCAUUAUGGAGGUGGAAAUUUCCAUCAGCAAAUUCACAGAGAACCAAUGGUUUCUCAUGUGGAAGGUCAACAACCACCAAUGAUGUCUUUUAAAGCCUUUUUGGCCACCCAAGAUGAUAAUAUUUCUGAUAGUGAAGCUAUUGAGAAAUACAAUGAUUAUAAAUUGGAAUUCCAAAGGCAACAACUUAAUGAAUUUUUCGUGGCCCACAAGGAUGACGAAUGGUUUAGACUUAAAUAUCAUCCAGAGGAGUCUGUUAGGAGGAAAGAAGAGCAAAUGGCAGCCCUAAAGCGAAGAGUAGAAGUUUUUAUUGAUCUAUUGAAGGCGGGAAAAAUCGAAUGUGUGAAAAUUGACUGUUCAGAGACAAAUAAGUUGCUUAAACUUCUUGAUACUGUUGUUAUCAAAUUAGAAGGCGGCACUGAUGAAGAUCUUGCAGCUCUAGAACAAGAAUAUGAAGAAAUGGAACAGAAAUACAGGGAACAAAAAGCUAAAGAAUCGGAAACCGAUAAACCCAAAGAAAACAAAGAACCCGAAUUGGUUCUCAAAAAGGAACCAGUUGAAGAAGAAAAAUCAAAAACGACUACCGAAGACGUCGAAAAGACUAACGGAGAAAUUCCAACUGAAAAAGAUAAAAAAGACGACGAUGCCGAUAAUAAUGAAUCAUCGACUGAAAAAGAAAAUAAAGAGGACGCUUCCGCUGUUGAAAACGAAAAAGCUGACAAUAAAGAAGAAGGAGAACACGAUGAUGAAGAACAUAAAGAAGAUAAACCGACGGAGGAAAUAGAAGAAGGAGAAGAGGAGAAAGAAGAAACCGUUAAAAACGUCGAAGAAGAGAAAAAGGACGAAGAAACCGACGAUGACAAAAAGGUUGAAGAAGAAGAAGGCCAAGAAAAAGAAGAGCCGGAAAAAAUGGAAACUGACGAGGAACCAAAGAAGCCUGAUGAGGAGGAACAGGAACGUCCUAAAGAAAAAGAAAAGAAACGGAAAAGAUCGUAUUCGGGUAGCAGUAGUUCGUCUAGUAGCAGCAGUGACAGCGAUGGUGAAACCAAAGAUAAGGAUGAUAAAGAUGAGGAAAAAGAAGAGGGCGAAGAGGAAACAGAAAAAGAAAAAACGGAUAAAGAUAAUGAUAAAGAGAUACUUACUGUGGAAGACGAUGGAACAAAAGUGGAGAAGCCAAAGUCCCUUCACAAAACUACUUCUAUUUUUUUGAGAAACUUGGUGCCUACUAUUACGAAACAAGAAGUAGAGGCUAUGUGUUCUAGAUAUGACGGUUUCCUUCGGGUCGCUUUGGCUGACCCCCAACCUGACAGGCGCUGGUUGCGCCGCGGAUGGGUGACCUUCAAGCGCGACGCUAACAUCAAAGAAAUUUGUUGGAACCUCAACAACAUCAGGCUGAGAGAAUGCGAACUGGGCGCAAUCGUCAACCGCGAUCUGAGCCGCAGAAUCAGACCCGUGAACGGCAUACUAGCUCACAAACAAGUUGUUCGAUCGGACAUCAGAAUAUCCGCCAGGGUCGUUCUGCAUUUGGAUACUAAAGCCGGUUUGUGGCUCGAAGAGGAAGAGAAAAAGGAGAAACCGCAUCAGUCAUUUGGUUUGGUUUCCAACAACCCGGUCUUGCAUAACAUAACCGAUUACUUAAUAGAAGAGGCGAGCGCCGAGGAAGAGGAACUUUUAGGACUAGAACCUACGACGGAUGCUCAAGACGCAACUGCUAUUGUAGAAAGAGACGAAACUUUAAUAACUGUUUUGGAUAGAAUCAUACUCUAUCUCAGAAUCGUUCAUUCUGUUGAUUAUUAUAAUCAUUGCGAUUAUCCUAACGAAGAUGAGAUGCCUAAUAGGUGCGGCAUCCUGCAUGCCAGAGGACCUCCGCCUACAAGCAAGACGGACAUGACUCAAUUUAUUGGUGGGCCGAUCGAGGUUAAAAUGACGGCUUUCUUGCCUGAAAAAACGCAAGAGGACAAAGAUAAAAACGAAUCCAAGUUGGUCGGUUUGGCUUUGAAAGACGUCGAUACUGAAAUUGAUAAGUUUGUUCAAGCAAAUACCAGAGAAUUGGCGAAAGAUAAAUGGCUGUGUCCUUUAUCCGGCAAGAAAUUUAAAGGUCCUGAUUUUGUUAGAAAACAUAUUUUUAAUAAACAUGCAGAGAAAUUGGAAGAAGUUAAAAAAGAGGUGGAGUUCUUCAAUAACUAUCUUAAAGAUCCCAAGAGACCUAUGCUGGCGGAAGCUCCCCAACCUAAAAGAGAAGACCCACCAAACUAUGGCCAUCCAUUUGGAGGUGGUGGUGGGGGAGGCUUUGGUGGACCUGGUUAUGGAAGACCUGCUCCAUAUUACAACCCAGGUUAUACUAGAACCAGAGGAUUUCAACCACGUUCAAGGGGAGGGCCCUCUGAUUUCAGACCCGUUAUUCACUACAGAGACUUGGAUGCUCCACGGGAGCCCGAAGAGUUCAUUUGAUUUCCAUUGCACUUCUUCUAAAGUCAUUUUUUUGUAAUGUAUGCGGUGACAGUUGUAUUUUAGCACAUCUUUUCCUUUGGACAGUUAUCCCAGGAAAAACUAUUUCCAAUGAUAAUAAUUAUUGAACAUUAGAUGAAUUUUAUAUUUUGUGUGCUUUAGAAUAAUAAAGCAGUAGUAUCGAA